AUGGCCCGAGAAAAAGUGCGGGUGGUUGCAAGUGGGGACAGUAAUUAUUCGGUUGGAGAAAUUGUUGACCGCCAACAAGCCGAGGUAACUAGUGAAUCUCUCGUGGAAGCCGGCGAAACUCCUCCCGAAUUGCAUAAAGUGUCGCAGGAUAAACGCACACGAGCGGAGGCUACUCAUGAGCUAAUUUCUCGUGUGAAAUAUUUAGCCGAACACUUUGCUCGUGUUUAUUCUUCCAAUAAGACGGGGAUUAAUUAUAAAGUUUUAGAAGCGGUAGGCGUCAUUUCGUUAGCCAAGGCUAUUGAAAUUCAACUAAUCAACCAGAGCCCUCUUGCCACUAAAAAAAAAAACGUUGUCUACUACGACGAUUAUCGCCAACAAGACGAGGAUAACAAAUCUUACGCUUUGAUUGACCGCCUGACUGACAACAAUAAUUUCGAAUUAACUAGCCAAGAA